AAACUACUGUAUUUCUCUCUUCAGUAUCUACAAUCAUGGUCGCUCUGUCCAUCAUCAAACAAUCCAACGCCCAGGCCUUGCCGGCGGCCCUUCCCUCGGGGCUCGUGGCCGUCUUUAUCGGCGCAACAUCUGGCAUCGGCAAGGCGACACUCGAGCAAUUCAUCGUCGCCACUAGAGAUAAGUCGCCGCGCGUGUAUAUCACGGGCCGAAGCACCGCGGCUGCCGUCCCGCUAUUGGCAGAGCUGCGACAAUCGAACCCGUCGGCGUCGCUGGAGUUUAUCGAGCAAGAUGUCUCCCUCGUCCGUAACGUGGACGCUGCCGUCAGUCAGAUCAAGCAAAACGAGACCAAGGUCGACCUGCUCUUUAUCACAGUCGGAUUUAUCAGUUUUCAGGGACGAAUAGAGACAACUGAAGGACUCGAGCCUUCCAUGACGACCCGCUACUACAGUCGCGCACGAGCAAUCCAGCUUCUCCUGCCGCUCCUCAACAACUCAGAAAACCCGCAUGUGACCAACGUCCUCGCAGGUGGACUAGAGGCGCCCCUGCGGGAGGACGACUUAGAUCUCGUCAAGCCGGGGAACUUCUCCAUCGCCAGCUCUUCGCAGCACAGCGCAACAAUGCUCACCCUGAUGCUGGAGAAGUGGGCUGCGGAGAACCCCAACAUCAGCUUCGUUCACCAGUUCCCGGGGACGGUAGCUACGCCCCUGUUCACGCGCGGUUCCAGCGGAGUUAUCGGCUUCCUGCUGCGAUGGAUCGUGUCACCUAUCAUUUGUACCUUUUUGGCGGCGAGCCCGGAAGAUGCAGGCGCGAGAUCUCUCUUCCAUGUCACCAAUGCCCGUUAUACCGUCCCGGCACGUCAAGGUCUCUCCGUCCCGAUUCCGGAAGGACUCGAGACAGCGAAACAGUCUGGCGGCGGAGUCUUCCUAGUAUCUAACAAGAGCGAAUCGGCGGAUAAUGAGAAAGUCCUGGUGGACCAGAGGAAGUUGACUGAGAAGGUUUGGGAACAUACCCAGCAGAUAUACGCGAGGGUUACCAAAUAAAGUGCGAAGAAAGGAUCGGUACACAAAUAAUAGACUGAAUAGUAGGAUAUAAUUCAGGGAGCACGUCAUAAUAGUGGAUUACCUAACUUAAUAUUACACAUACCAUACUACUGCUUGAGUUUAUCAGAUGAAAUCUUGAUUAUCUCCGCUCUGCAACAGAUUCCCUGCCACUAGCC